AAAAAAAAAUUAAAAAAGGAAACACUCGGCCCCGGCGCUUACGACAUCAGGGACUUCCUGCAGGAGACGCGGCCCUGCAGCCUCAGGGGCAUCUGCGACACCAGGGAGAGGAGGUUUCGGGACAUCCUCAGGGACUGUCCCCCCGGCCCUGGCACCUACGAGCCAUGGCGAGUGCCCAGCGCGUGCCACGGGCGCUCGGCCACCUCGCGCGGCAUCAUGCACAGCCGGACGCCGCAGCGCGUGCUGCCCGCCACGCUGGGCAGCGGCCUGGGGCCGGCCACCUACCGCCUGCCCAACAGCAUCGACGAGCUGCUGCGGCGCGUCGUGAGCGUGCGCGGCCCCUACGAGCUCUUCUCGGGCGACAGGUCGCGGCCGGCGCCGCGGGAGCCGCGUGCGCAGGAGGUGCGCGCCGAGCUGGGCACCGGCGCCGUCAAGAGCUUCGUGGAGGAGCUGGCCUCGAGGGACAACAAGAAGAAAGGGGCCUUCAGCACCGUGCCGAGGGAGCCGCGCCGCCCGGCGCAGAGGAUCUGCUGGGCCACGCUCAGCCAGUGCCCCCGCGACGCGCUUGCUGUAGGGCCGGGCUCGUACGACCCAAAGCCCUUGGAGAGGUCAAAUUCCUUCAACCAACCCCCGUUUUGGUCGUCUGCCAAGAGAUUCGACAGAAGGUCCUGCUGCCUCUAUGCUGGGAAUGAGAAUCCUGUUGGUGUGGGUCGCUACAACAUCACCAAGCACGAGAAACACCCUCGGAAGAUCAGGUACCAGUCGCUGUACCAGAGCGAAACGCGGCGCUACCUGAGCAACUUGGAGCGGGAUGCCUACUUGCUUGAGCGGCUCAAGCCUUCUGCAAAGAGCAACUGGAAGGAUUUGACUGCUGCUCCGCAUCGCCCAGCUGCCUCUGAAGAAAUCAUCGCUGUUUGCUGAACUUUUGAUGGUGCUGAAAAGCAGCAAAACUGUGAGGAAAAGUGCAAAUAAGCU